CGCAGACAGACAGCAGCCCGCCUCCUCCGGCAGCGCACGAUGAUCCAACUCCUCCGCUGUCGACCCGGCUGCUGCUUUCGGAAAACUCCAGACUGUCACGGAUAAAAUAAAGUGGUCAGUUCCUGAGAGAAACGCCGAGAAGUCUCUUUUUUUUCCCCCACCAGUUAAACUACCUUCGCGGACUCUGCCUGUUCUGGUCUCUGGUUUCAGUGUUCAACCACCGGCUCACCUGCAGAAGCCAUAACGAUGCGCUCCCGGGCUGCGCUCCCCCGGUUCACCUCCCUCCUAUUUCUCCUCUUCCUUGCCCCUGUUUUCUCCUCUUCCUCCUCCUCCUCCCGCCCCCAGUGGGUUCUCCAGCGUGUUCCUGUGGUCCUCGCCCAGCAGACGGAGGCUCGUUCGGCCCCUCACUUCCUGUCUCCGGCCCGCUUGGAUGUCAGCUCCCCCUGUGACCCAGAAUGCCACAAGAGGGCCCCUCGGCCGAGCUACUGGGACCUGCGGCGUCUGCUGGCCUACGAGACACUCCACUCUGAUGGUCAACUCACCGAGACCGCCAUUGGGAUCUAUGGCUACGACCCCAGUUCCAACACCAGUCCGGCCUACUCCGCACGGUCGUCUGAGAAGGCCGAGCGGUCACAUGUAAGGAGGAAGCGACAGAUCUUCGGCCAUGAUGGGCGCUUCAGCAUUGCCGGUCAGAACUUCCUGCUGAAAUAUCCAUUUUCGGUGGCUGUCAAGCUGUCCACUGGGUGUUCCGGUACACUGGUGGGGGACCGUCAUGUUCUCACAGCCGCUCAUUGUGUUCACGAUGGUAAAAACUAUGUGAAAGGAGCCCAGAAGCUCCGGGUUGGGUUUCUCAAAACCAAGCAACGGGACACACGGGCUUCUUCCUUUUACGCUCCCUCCAACUUCACCAACCAUGUUGAAGGUGGCCCCGCUCCUUACGGCCCGCCAACCAACGACAAGAUGAAAUUCCAGUGGAUCAGAGCCAAGCGCACCCAUGUGCCCAAAGGAUGGAUUAAGGGGAAUGCCAAUGACAUUGGGAUGGACUAUGACUACGCUUUGCUUGAGCUCAAGAAACCCCACAAACGCCGCCACAUGAAGCUAGGAGUCAGCCCCCCGGCUCAGAGGCUGCCCGGUCGACGAGUCCACUUCGCAGGAUUUGACAACGACCGUCCCGGCAAGCUGGUGUACCGCUUCUGUCGGGCUGGUGAGGAGACGUCAGACCUGCUGUACCAGCACUGUGACGCUCAGCCCGGUGCCAGCGGGUCAGGAGUCUACGCCAGGAUGUGGGACGGCCGGCGCCAGCGCUGGGAGCGGAAGGUGAUCGGUGUGUUUUCAGGGCAUCAGUGGGUGGAGCGGCAAGGGGCGUCUCAGGAAUUUAAUGUAGCGGUGAGAAUCACGCCUCUCAAAUACGCUCAGAUCUGCUACUGGAUAAAAGGAAACUUUGUGGACUGCCGGGAGGGGUGAGGGGGGGUCUAGCUACGAAACCACAGGCCCACUGCUUCCUCAUACUGGAAUAUUUGUGGCCGCAAGAAUCCACACCUUCUACCCCCAUAAUUUGUAGCACUGACUUAACAUCAAUGUGAAUCGAUUCAUUUUGUUUGUUGCCGCCGCCCCCCCCCCCCACACACACACACGUAAGUAAAGCAAAGAGACAUUUCUAAAACAUGAAAAAGUUAAUUAAGUUUGUGUUGACUGGGGAAACAUUCAGGUCAUGUGGUUUUGCAGAACAGAAGCAGGUUCAUCCGUUUUUUGGAACAUUUAUCUGGAUAAAGUUAUAUGGGAGACCCUCAGAUCUGGAACACGGACUGAACAACAGGCCUUCAGAAAGAGCAGGACUAUGUAAAAACUGUUUCACUAUGUAUUCUAGCCUUUUUCUUGUGCUUAUACUAAAGAUUUCACUGUUAAAACUCUUGGGAGUUUUUCUACUGAAAAUGAUUUUUUUUGUGGAUGAAUGUACAAGUCAGCUACCAAAGGUGCUAACAAGUUUCAUGUGUCUCCUCUCAGCGGACACACUAGUUAUCUACAGUGUACUCGGUCAGCUUGGAACGGAAUGACGUUAAAUGACUUCAGACGUCAAGGCUGCAGGUUACUUGCUUUGUGAGGAACAUUGUGUUUAGUGUUGUACUUUAAUGCUUAGCUCCAUCUGGUGACAAAGAUUAAACAUUACAGGCCUUCAUCAGCCCUUUUUACUCCUCGCAAAACAUUUGUGAAAAUGCAGAAACUGAAGGAAACUGAAGUGAGAAUGUGGCAAAUUAAAUGAAAUAUAUACUUUGAAAUAAG